AUGUUAACCCGACGCAAAUCGUCAGCAUUUAUUCAGCAGCAGCAGCAGCAGCAACAACAACAACAAGAACAACAACAACAACAACAACAACAACAACAACAACAACAACAACAACAACAACAACUUCAGCAGCAGCUGGCCUCAGGGACUGAGCGAGGUGUCGCGAAUGAUUCAGUUGCUGUACUGGCGGAAAUGCUGAACAUAGAUACCUCCGCAAACAAGCAGCAUACUAGUGACAUUCUGCGAAGCAACAUUUUUGAAGAAAUCCCCAAGCUUGCAUGUAUAAUAUCAAUGAUAUCAGUAUGUUUGAGCACUCCCCAUACGUUCUUUUUUUUCCCAUCGCUCUAUUAUAUUGUCUUCCUUGCGGAUGCCACUGUUACUGUCGUAUUCCUUGUCGAAGCUAUCGUCAAAAUCGUCACUAAUGGACUUAUCACGCAUGAAGGAAGCUAUCUUCGAGAUCGCUGGUGUCAAUUUGAUUUCUUUUUACUCAUCUUGCACAUAACGUCAGUAUUGCUGAGUGCUUACGAGCUUAUCUGUCUCUGGUUCCCACACCUGGAAUGGCAUUACCAUCCAUGGUAUGGCGUUAUAAGGGCUCCAAGACCAUUUAUCAUGAUACGCUUUGUACGUUCCAUCAUACGCUUCAAGUUACCCAAGAACCGCAUCCAGCAGAUCAUCAAGCGGUCUUCACAGCAGAUCCAGAAUGUGACAAUUUUCUUCAUGUUCUUCAUGACAUUUUACGCAAUCAUGGGAGUACAGUUGUUCGGUCGAAUGGACUAUCACUGUGUUCUACCAGGGACCAAUGUUUCUAAUGUAACCAUCGCCGACUUGGCCAUACCAGAUACAAUGUGUUCGCAAAAAGGAGCUGGUGGUUACGAAUGCCCAGCCAAUAUGGAAUGUUUGAAGCUGGAUAUGAGCGCUCAUGCUGAAGGUUUCUAUGGGAUGUUCAAUGAUUUCGGUUCUAGUUUGUUCACCGUGUACAUGGCAGCAUCACAAGAAGGAUGGGUGUAUGUUCUAUACGACUGUUUAGACACAUUUCCUUCCUACAUCGCUUUUUUUUACUUCAUAACAUUGAUAUUUCUACUGGCUUGGCUUGUCAAGAAUGUGUUUAUCGCCGUAAUAACUGAGACUUUUGCGGAAAUACGGGUGCAAUUCAGUGAAAUGUGGCAAACUCGUGAAAUUACUGUUGAGGAUAGUUUUGCUCAGAAACUAGAAAAAACGGAAGAUGGAUGGCGGCUGAUGGCAGUGGAUGCAGAAAAGAUAAAUUCUGAUAUUGCUCCCAAACCACUGUAUUGGUUAGUCCGUUCGGCGAUGUUUCAAACGUGUAUGAUGGUGAUGGUGGUGUUGAACGCUCUCAUCAAUGCAUCUCUUGUGCAUAAGCAUGACGCAAGUGAUGAACCACGCAAGCUUCUCUACUAUUAUAUCGAGGUAGGCUUUACGAUGAUAUUCAACAUGGAAUGCCUUCUGAAAAUGAUCGCUUUGGGAUGGAAUGGGUAUAUACGAUUGCAUAAAUUUGAAUUUAUUUUGUGCAUUGGAAGCACAUUAAACAUUGUGAAAUCGCUCUAUUCAAUGAAUCUUUUCACGUAUUUUCAAGUUUUUCGUAUCGUUCGACUCAUUCGUGCCUCUCCAAUGCUCGAGGAUUUCGUUUAUAAGAUAUUCGGACCAGGAAAAAAGCUAGGCGGCCUGGUAGUGUUUACAAUGGUAUUACUUGUCAUCACUUCUGCUGUUUCGCUGCAACUCUUCUGUUAUGUACCAAAUUUGGAUAAAUUUCGAACAUUUCCCCAGGCAUUCAUGUCAAUGUUUCAAAUAAUAACACAGGAAGGCUGGACGGAUGUAGUUGUGGAAAUUUUACGUACUACAAACGAAUCAAUGGUCCCAUUCGUUGCAAUAUAUUUCGUUGGAUAUCAUUUAUUCGUUACUUUGAUUGUUUUGUCGUUGUUCGUUGCUGUCAUACUCGAUAAUUUAGAAAUGGACGAGGAGUUGAAAAAAGUGAAACAACUCAAGGCAAGAGAAGAGACUACAUGUAUGCGUACAACACUUCCAUGGCGAUUGAAAAUUUUUGAUAAAUUUCCAACCCGACCACAAAUGGUCGAAUUACGAAAAGUGUCCAGUGAAUUCCCGGUACCAAAAGUGCGACAAAGUUUCACGAAACAGUUUGCGGAGGACAAUACAUUGGCGUACAAUUCCCACUCUGAAGAAUUGGAUCUUCACCAAAAGCAGUUGUUACGUAAUAUCGGAAAAACAUUCUUCCGUAGCACCGUUACAGUGCGACAAAUCGGUCAGCUUUCAACGAAAUGGACAAUCAGUAUUUUAAUCGAGGAGACAAAUCGGAAUCGUGCCCUUUUCAUGGAUUCAAAUCAGUUCAUUGCUCAACUUGGCCAAAGUGGCACUCGAAUAUGGGGAGAAUCGAGAUAUCAUAACAGAAGUAUAAAUCGACCGAUAAAAUUGAAAAUUGUUUACGAGCAUCUGAAAGAAAAUGGUGAUGUACGACUGGCAGAUUCGGCACCGAAAAAUGAUUUAAAACACGGUGAAAUUGAUAUCAAAGCACUGCAACAGAAGCGACAGCAUGCAGAAUUGACUAGAAAUCGAAUUGAAGAGGAGAUUCGCGAGAAUCAUCCUUUUUUCGAUCGCCCACUCUUUCUCGUCGAUCGGGAUUCACGUCUUAGGCAUAUCUGUCAAGAAAUAGUUUAUGCCAAAUAUAUACCUGACAAAAUCGACUCAGUUACUGGAAAACAAAUACAACAGCGUUACAAACAACUACAUGAGCUGAUCGGUUUACUGACAUAUCUUGACUGGGCAAUGGUAUUUUUUACGGCACUGUCGUGUUAUUCGAUGCUAUUCGAAAGUCCAUGGCCGACUACGGGCGAGAAUAUGAUCUUUAACAAUCCCUAUUUACAGAUCUGUGAGUAUAUGUUCGUCAUAUCAAUGACUUUUGAACUUGCUGUCAAAGUGCUUGCAAAUGGGUUCAUUUUUACGCCAAAUGCUGUAGUGCGAGACGUCGGUGGCGUGAUGACUCUUUUCAUUUACAUUACGAGUGUUAUCUACUUGGUUUGGAUGCCACGUUAUGUGGAAAUCAAUUCAUUAGCACAAAUGAUGAUGAUCUUCCGAGCCAUGCGACCAUUGCGCAUUUACACUCUUGUACCGCACAUUAGACGUGUUGUGGUUGAGCUAUGCAAAGGAUUCAAAGAGAUUCUCUUGGUUACUACUUUGCUUAUUUUGCUCAUGUUCAUAUUCGCCAGUUUCGGUGUACAAAUCGCUGGUGGCAAGUUAGCUGCAUGUAAUGAUCCAACGAUCACUGAAAGGGAAAAAUGUUACGGUAUAUUUGAACAAAAAGUUUUCGUUACACGAAUGGAAGUGUAUGGGAAGAAUGACAAUGAAUUGCAUCCAAAAAUCUGGGUACCUCGAGUUUGGACAAAUCCGCGAAAUUUUAAUUUUGAUCAUAUCGGCAAUGCCAUGCUGGCACUUUUUGAGACUCUAUCCUACAAAGGAUGGAACGUUAUCCGUGAUAUAUUGUGGAUGAGACAAGGCCCUUGGGCAGUGGUCUUUAUUCAUAUAUAUGUGUUCACUGGUUGCAUGAUCGGACUUACACUCUUUGUUGGCGUUGUCAUUGCCAACUACACUGAAAAUAGGGGUACAGCACUGCUUACGGUAGACCAGCGACGUUGGCAUGACCUAAAAGCACGUCUGAAAAUGGCACAACCUCUACAUGUUCCACCGAAACCAGCGGAGUCUGCUAAACUCCGCAUUAGACUAUAUGAAAUCACACUGAGCAGAUGGUUCAAACAGGUAUUCGCCAUACUGGUAGUGAUUAAUUCAGUGACCUUAUUCAUCCCAUGGAAUGUUGAGGAAGAGAAAAAUAGCUACAAGGCUCUCAUCUUCAUGACAGGUGUAUCGGCUAUUGCUAAUAUCCUUUUCACCGUUGAGAUUCUGUUGAAGAUGAUUGCGUUCACAGUACGUGGCUUCUGGCAAUCCAGACGAAAUCGAGUUGAUCUACUGAUCACAAUACUUGGGCUCGUUUGGAUUUUCACUCACUUCAUCAUGGCCUUACCUGCAAGCGCUGUUGGCGGACCUACACAGCUAAAGGAAUUUACAUAUACUUUUGGAUAUUUGGUGGUUAUUUUGAGGUUCUUCACCAUUGCCGGUCGUAAGACGACUUUGAAAAUGUUGAUGUUAACAGUAGUGAUGAGUAUGGUGCGAAGUAUGUUUAUCAUCACAGCAAUGUUCCUUCUAGUACUAUUCUACGCUUAUACGGGUGUUAUACUUUUUGGUAUGGUUAAGUAUGGGCAAGCCGUUUCGAAGCAUGUGAAUUUUCGAAAUGCCAAGGAGGCCUUAGUGGUACUAUUCCGGAGUGUCACUGGUGAAGAUUGGAACGAUAUUAUGCAUGACUGCAUGCGCAGUCCACCACUAUGCUAUUGGAAGGAAGGUGUCAGUUAUUGGCAAACUGAUUGUGGCAAUUACUUUGGUGCGAUCAUCUACUUUUGCUCCUUCUAUCUCAUUAUUACUUACAUCGUUCUAAAUCUUCUCGUUGCUGUAAUCAUCGAGAAUUUCUCGCUGUUUUACUCAAGCGAAGAAGAUGCUCUUUUAAGCUACGCAGACAUCCGUAACUUCCAGCAAGUUUGGAAUAUGGUAGAUGUAGAACAAAAGCGCACAAUACCAGUUCGUCGAGUAAAAUUUCUAUUACGUUUACUAAAAGGUCGACUGGAGGUUGAUCCUAACCGAGACCGCUUGUUGUUUAAGUACAUGUGCCAUGAAAUGGUUCGAUUACAUAAUGGUGACGACAUCUCCUUUCAUGAUGUUCUGAACAUGUUAUCUUACCGCAGCGUGGAUAUACGAAAAUCUCUACAGCUUGAGGAACUGUUGCAUCGAGAGGAAUUGGAGUACAUCAUUGAAGAGGAAGUGGCAAAGCAGACAAUACGUUCAUGGCUAGAAAGUUCUCUACGACGAAUCAAAGCACAGCAGAAUAAAGACAUUCCACUGAUUGCACAUCUCCGACCCUUUCUAAAUGAACAACACAUUGUGCCCUCGAUGCUACAAUUAAAUCAGGUCCCAAAUCAGAUGAAUGCAGCAAGUAAUCUUCAGCAAGAUCAAUCGCAACAAUUUCGUGAAUUGAUGGAUAACGAGGAGGAGGAACUGAUUAAAUGUAAAUCAACUAAAAGGUCACGGAGGAGUAGCAUUCCAGAACUUGUUGGUGAAGCUGCAAAAAAAUUUAUUUUCACUGGAAGUUCCAGCGCGCGACUGCGAGGAGUACAUAGUGUUCAAUCGGUAGAUCGGACAAGCUGUCGUGAGGAAAAAGGCGUAAAGUCUUUACUCAGCACUGAAAGAAGUACACCAAUCACUCGCGAUGAGCGGAGGUCAAUAAAAGGUGUUCAAGUUAAUUUACCAGGCAGCGAACUACCUGAUGUUAAAGAGUGGAAUGAAGAGAACGUCAGCAAUGAUGUAGCCAGUUUUACCGACCGGAGAUAUUCCGCAGAAUCUGCCCUUCUCGCUGUUAAUGAAUUCAAUAACGAUUCGAUCUCAUUUACCAGUAAACUUGCCAGCGCUCCCUUUACAUGGGCAUCUUCCUCAGCUGGUGAGGAAGAUGCCCAUGUGAAGGAAUGGUGGUCCGAUUCCAAUAUUCUCAUCCUCAGCUAGUAAUUGGUCAGUUUCCUUCCGUUCAUUACUUCGGCCGAUUCAGCGAUAUCAUCCUUUCAUUCAUAUUAUGAGUUGCGCUUGAACAUUUUUUUGGUGAAUGUGUCAUCGUUCUCUUGCCCAUUUGAUUUCGUUCGAUAUUAU